AUGGUAAAGAUUUUGAAGACCCAGAAAGAAGACAAAAAAGAAUUUGCUGAAUAUGUCAAAAAUCUUAAAGAGUUGGAUAAUACACUAAAGAAGAAUACGUAUGAUACUCAUGUCUCAAAUUCAAAUUUCUCCAAAUUUGAAAAGCAUUUCUUCAGUCGUCAAUCGGAAAUGAUGAGCCUUGAAAGGCAAAUCAAUCUUGAUAAUCAUCGAAAGACUAUGGAAACAAUGGAAUUAUUCAAGAAUCAACUGAUUGAAAUUCAAGGAAGCAUGAGAAGAUCAGAUGUUGAAAGACUAGAGUAUGCCAAUUCCAUUGUAAGGAAAUUUCAAGAGAAAGAGAAUGCGAAAUUUAAUGCUAAAAAAGAACUGACUCGUAUCACUCAAGGUGAGCCCAGUAGAAGAGGUGACCGUGUAUCAACCGACACCAGAUCUAAGCGAGCGUCAAUAAACAAUGAAAAUCCAAGGCCAACUAAAAGAGGUGGAGGUCGAAGCGGUGGUGAUCGCGCAGGCCGAAACAAUAGUGGUGGUCGUGGUGGGCAAUAUGGUAAUGAUCAAGGAGGUCGUGCCAGUGGCGGUGAUCGAGGUGGGAGAUCAAGUGCAAGCGGUGGUGGUGGUCGCUGUUCCUCCUUUUCGCAAUUUGUUAACUGGUCAAGAGAUGACUGGUGA